AUGAGGACGCACUCCCAUGUUCCGGUGUCUCCAUCUCUCUCGUCGUCGCCAAAUUCAGUUUUGCAAUCUGCUUCUGCUGCUGCUGCCUGCCACUCAACCGAGUCCUCGAUCGCCAGCGGAAACCUGAACACAAUGAGCACUCCCGACCCGAACCCGAGCCCGGCCGCGGCCUCGCCGCGAACCGUCAUCUGCGUCGGCGACGUCCACGGCUACUACACCAAGCUCCGCGCCCUCUGGGCCAACCUCGAGUCCUCCAUCCCGCCCCACGACUUCCGCACCGCCCUCGUCGUCUUCCUGGGCGACUACUGCGACCGCGGCCCGGACGCCCGCCGCGUCAUCGACUUCCUCCUCUCCCUCCCCUCCGCCUACCCCAACCAGACCCACGUCUUCCUCGCGGGCAACCACGACUUCGCCUUCGCCGCCUUCGUCGGCGCCGUCCACGGCGACGCCGAGGCGUUCAGGGAAGGGUGGAAGGUGUUCGAGUCGUACGAGGAGAGCGAGGGAUGGUACAGAGGCGAGGGGUACGAGAAGAUGCACUUGCAGGCGAGGAGGUGGGCCGGGAAGAUCAAGGCCAGGUUCAACGAGGCCAAGGGGUUGGAGUACAAGGGCUCCGUCUUUGACGCCGUCCCGACUUUCGAAUCGUAUGGCGUGGCUCAUGGAUCUGCAGAUUUGGUUAAGGCAGUUCCAGAAGAACAUAAAAAGUUUCUUGCUGAUAUGGUUUUGGUCCAUGAAGAGGAUGAUGUUUGUAUAACAACUCCGGAAGGAACUAAGCACUGUAGAUUAAUCGCUGUCCAUGCUGGGCUAGAGAAAGGAAAAGAUGUUGGAGAGCAACUGAGAUCGCUGAAAGCCAAGGACACUUGGAUGGCAAAGAUAGAGGCUAUCGCUGGAAGGAAAAAUGUCUUGGACAUUCCAGAGGAGCUAAUCGAACCUCCAACGAUUGUGGUGAGUGGUCAUCAUGGAAAGCUUCACAUUCAAGGUCUUAGACUAAUAAUCGACGAAGGCGGUGGGUAUCCGGAUAAACCUGUGGCGGCUGUUGUGCUCCCUUCACUGAAGAUCAUACGCGACACUGACGUUCUUCCAACGGAGUAAUGGAAUUUACAAUAAAUGGUUUGCAUAAUUAUUGAGGAUGAUUAGGUAUAGCAAGUAAUAUAUAAACAAUAAAUCUCUUCUUGAAGAUGAGCACGAGAUGGUAUCUUUCUUUGAUUGUAAUCUUUUACAUCUAUUUUGUAACUAGUCACACUUGGGACAGCUUAAAUCUUUUAUUGCGUUAAUCUCUAUUCUAGUGAAUAGCAUCGAUGCUUCCACAGAUUCUUCUUAUUUAGAAGAUGAACUGACUUAGGAGGACAAAAUUCCAGAAUUUUCUGCGAUGUUCGCGCACAUUCGGGUCUUUCAGUCAGCUAGGUAGCCGAGGAGGUGCUACUUUUACUUUCAGUACAUAAAACCAAUAUCCAAGUAGAACAAGGUGGUGCUUUCAGCGAUAAAUCUAGGAUCUGACUUCAUAUGGGGUGUUGCUGUGCUUCUCUUUAAGCAAAUAGUAGUACCAUUUGACUGUUCCUUCUCAGUUCGGUAGUUUUGGUAUAUGAUGGCUACUGACUUGGAUUUGGUUCCUCUGGCGGCACUUGGUAGUACUGCAUUCGGGACGGGUUUUUGUUCCAUUCUGAGGCAAAAUAAGGUUGAUAUGGAAUUUCCCUGCCACUACUCAUCUAA